AUGGCUAUGAAGGCUUCUGUCAAAGGCAAGUUCGAUGCUGGUGGUAAAAGCACCGGAGUUGGUUCACUCGCCUUCAACGCCGGCGAUCUUAAGCUACGCGCCACCAUGACCGAUGCUACCUUCGUCGCCGGCCCUACUUUGAACGGUCUCUCCCUCGCCGUCGAGAAGCCUGGUUUCUUCAUGGUUGAGUAUAACGUCCCUAAGAAAGAUGUUAGGUUUCAGUUCAUGAACACAGUGAGAAUUGCUGAGAAGCCAUUGAAUCUGACUUACAUUCAUAGCAGAGGAGAUAACAGAACGAUUGUGGAUGGGAGUCUUUCGAUUGAUCCUGCAAACAAGCUCUCUGCUAAUUACAUGGUGGGGACAAACAACUGUAAGCUCAAGUAUACUUAUGCUCAUGGAGGGAUUGCUACGUUCGAGCCGUGCUACGACUUGGCGAAAAACGCUUGGGACUUCUCGGUUUCUCGGAAAGUUUACGGUGGUGACAUGCUCAAGGCAACUUAUCAGACGUCUAGCAAGUUGCUUGGUAUGGAAUGGUCAAGAAACUCCAAAUACACUGGAUCAUUCAAGGUGUGUGCGUCUGUGAAUCUGGCAGAGGAAGUGAAACAGCCGAAACUGACGGCAGAAACAACUUGGAACCUUGAAAUGUAA